AUGAUCGAAGCCGCUCCAUUUGGGAUGCCAUUUGUCGGCCACGUAUGGGCCUUUCUAUGGAAUCCUGAUAGCUUCCUGCGGUACAGCCGCGAGAGAGCUAUGCACGGCAUCUUCAAUCUCAAGAUGUUCGGCGUUGACACCCGCAUAAUUCACAAUCCAUCACUAAUGAAAUCCUUCUUUGCGCUGCCGGGCUCCGUCAUUGAGCACAAGACCAUGGGAUCGAACAUCAUAACCAAAAUCUUCAACUUUCAAUCGGCCGAAGUACCUCAGAUGAUAACCCAUUUCGAUGAGCUGAUGAAUACCUUUGUCACUCAGCUGAUGAAAGGCCCAGGCUUCGAACGGCCCCCUUCGGGUCCCGGGGACCUUAGGAGUUGGGAGCGAUCCGCCAAUGUCCAGGUUCAACCCGACGGGACUAUCGAAGCCGAUCUUUUCCCUCUCGUCCGGAACUGUGUGGGCUUGUUAAGUUCAACAGAGAUGAUGGGUCAUGCUUUUGUCGAUUCUCAUCCUGAUUUCCUGGAGGAUGUUUGGCAGGUAGAUGCAAAUAUAAUGGGGUUUGUUUUUGGAUACCCAGGCUGGCUGCCAUCGAUUGCGAAAGCGCGAAAAUCGCGGGCCCGCAUCGUGGAGAAGCUUAUGGCGUGGCAUGCGGACAUGGAAGCCGUUGGGCCGGUGGCCAACUCGGAUGCCGAGUCGGGGCCAUUUUCGGACGUUAGCGACUUGAUGAAACAACGACAGAAAAUCUGGUCUGCCCGAGGAUUCUCGAUGCAAGCUCGUGUUGCCGUGGAUCUGUCGAUAUUGUGGGCACUUAAUGCAAAUUCCAACUCCACAGUGUACUGGAUGUUGCGAAACAUCUAUGCUACCCCUGGCUUGUUAGAGAACACCCGUCGGGAGAUUGCCCCUGCCUGUUUAAUCAAUGACAACAAGUUGCAGAUCGACUGGAAGAGACUUCACAACAGUAGUCCUCUUUUCAAGUCUUGUUACUUCGAGUCUCUCCGCCUUGACUCGGCCCCUUGGUCAUUCAAGCGCCUCCAAAAAGACUGUACUGUGCAGGAAAUAGGGGAAGAUGCGCGGUCACCCGAAGCAAAAAGCAAGCCAACAGUAUUUCCCAUGAGAAAGGGAGAUGCCGUGCUUGUCCCUGCUGAUCUGCAUCAUACCGAUUCGCGAUACUUUCGCAACCCAUCUGAGUUCAUACCAGAGCGUUUCUUCGUGGACAAAGGCGACGGUCUUGUUCAGUCGGACAUCAAGACUAUCAGGCCGUAUGGUGGAGGAGCAACAAUGUGCAAAGGGCGAUUUUUAGCAGAGCGCGAAGUCUUGGCGUUUGUGGCUGCCAUGCUUACUUGUUGGGAUUUAGAACCUGUCAAGGGAAGCUCAUGGGAUAUGGAUGGGAGAACAAAGACAAGUGGUGUCUGCAGCCCGAAGGAUAAGUUGAGAGUUGGUCUAAAAAGAAGAGUCACUUAG